GUGCGACUUCCGGUGUUGUUGUUCGCGGGUGAUGUGUUUUGCUAAACUUAAACUAUAUUAAUCUAUUUCUACACCAAGUCAGUUUUUCUUUUCAUUUAUGGGGAUUUGUGGAGAUACAUCCGAUGGGGGCAUUUUAUUGCUCAGUUUGUAAACAGACUACUUUCUCUGGGAAAUCUCACAUUUUUGGUAAAAGCCACCAAGGCAGAUUAAGAGUUGUUCUUCUCAAAUUUCUAGAAAAGGUUAAAGAGGCACGUCGGAUGCUCAAAAAGCCUCAGGUGGAGACGUUUGACUGCACUCAGCACAACCAAAAGUUCUGGUGUUAUUGCUGUGAACUUGAGGUUGACAGAAACGUUACAGAUGGAAACAUGGCAGUGCUUUAUGCCGGACUAAUUGAACACAUGGCAACGCAAGAGCACAGAAAGAGCACCCAUAAAUUCUGGUGGGAAAACAAAGCAGAUCAAAAGCUCAAAGACAAGUUUUUUUUCUCAAACGAGGAAAUUGACAGAUUCAAGGCUGAAGUGGAAAAAGCGCUCGGGACAUUUGUGGAGAAGGAAGAUGAUUUCAUUAAACAGGAAGCUGAAUUUAUCCGGAACCAAGAAAAGCAUCGCCAGGAAUUCCUUAAGUCUCUAACAGAGCACAAUUCAGAUCUGGAGUCGUCCAAUGAACAACACAAUGGAAACUCUUCUACAGGAGAUGUGGCCAGUGGCAGUGUGUCUGAGGGAACCACACAACAGGCAGGAAGCAAUAUUGUUGAUGAAAUGACUGAAGUACCUUACUCUGCAGCAGGAUUGACUUUCAUUGGAUAUCAGGACUCUUCAAGCAGUGGAAAUGUUCAUACAGGUGCCCUGCCUCCCUGGUUACAAGAUGAUGAUGAUCCUUUGGAAGGAGGUUCAGGGUCAAACACACAGCCGGAGAUGGGACCGUCACUCCAAGGGUUUCUGAAACACAAGGAACAGGAGAAACUGAAGAAGCUUCCGCCAAACAGAGUAGGAGCUAACUUUGACCACAGCUCUCGCACAGAUGCAAACUGGCUUCCUUCUUUUGGUCGGGUGUGGAACAGUGGCCGGCGCUGGCAGUCAAGACACGAAUUCCGACAUGAGGACGGACAAAAGAAGAGGUUGAAGAGGAAGCGGGACCAGAGCACAGAUUAAAUUAAUAAAAUGCACAAAUCAACUGGACUCACAUUGCUAAAAAGACCUACUGCCUUAGGACUAAUCAUGAUGUCCAUUGUUUGAUGCACUACUCUACA